GGCGACGUAAAGCAAAAAUUUUGAUGUUUGGAGCAACAUGGGGGGAUGGUGAACUCUGAUGACCUAAAAAAUAACUUUUAAUAUUUCAGAAAAGAAAGCUGCACAAACGACCGUUUUAACAGCACAAAGCUGCACUAACGAAGCACUAACGAAGUAGCCGAGUUUGGUUUGUUUUGGCGCAACAUGGGGUGGUGGUGACGUCAUCGGCCAAAAUGAUAACUUUUAAUAUUUCAGAAACGAAAGCUGCACAAACGACCGUUUUAACAGCACAAACCUGCACUAACGGAGCACUAACCACUCAGACUAUUUGCUGAAUUUUUUUUGACGUGGGUGGGGUGUCAGCUUCACUCAGCUCCAUCCGCGUGUUUUCACCCCGCGCACCGUGGGGACGGUCUCUGCGAAAUGCGGGCGUCGCGUUUAAGAGAAGAGGAAAGCAGCUGUCGUGUUCAGCAUCAGUCCCGCUGCGCUCCUCUCGGCUCCUGUCGGGUCAUUUAACGUCGCAGCUCCGAGGAAAUCACUGGGACUAUGUGAGCAUCAUGAUCCCUGUGAGAUGCCUGCUGUUCGCCGCAGUCUGUGCGAGGUACGCCGAGACAGCAGGUGUGGGGGAAUGGGUGAGGUUGCCCUCUGCAGAGGAGGUCGUCCAACCCAAGCGGCUCUUGCAGCAGAUCCACUCAGAGGAGGAGCUGCUGCACGGUCACCUGGACACCCGGGUCAGAAACCUGCCAGAUGGCAUUCAGCAGCCCAUUCAUUUGGCCCAGAGCAGCUUCCUGGUGGAGGCCUUUGGCACAUCCUUCGCCCUUGACCUGGAACUGAACCACAACCUCCUUUCUACAGACUACGUGGAGCGUCACUUUGACAAUGGGGAGCUAUCACAAAAUACGGGCGGGGAGCAUUGCUACUACCAUGGGCGAGUGCGGGGGCUGCCUGGCUCCUGGGCUGCGAUAUCCACCUGCCAAGGCCUUCAGGGGAUGUUUUCUGACUCCAACUUCUCUUAUGGGAUUGAACCCGUCGGUAACGGAGAGCAGAAAGACCACAUCGUGUAUCGAAUGCCCGACAUCGACCUCUUCUCACUUUCCUGUCCAGGAUGCUUCAUGAACAGCACAGAGCCUGAGGGGCGAACAGAUGGUCUCUCUGAAGGAGACGGCGAGAUAAAGGAUGGAGACAACAAGUCUGAAGAAGAGAAAACUGUUUUCACCAGAGGCCAGAGGCGCUCCAAAAGACAAGUGAGGCGAGGCCAGCGCACCGUUCAGACCGAGACCAAGUACAUCGAGCUGAUGAUCGUUAAUGAUUAUGAGCUGUUUGUGCAGCUCCGCAGGUCGACGUCUCAAACGAAGAUUUUCGCCAAAUCCGUAGUGAACAUGGCCGACUUGAUCUACAAGGAGCAGCUCAACACCCGCAUCGUCCUGGUAGCCAUGGAAACCUGGUCGUCUGAGAACAGGAUCGCCGUCGGCGACGACGCCUUGCUCACCCUGAGAGACUUCAUGAAGUUCAGGAAGGAGAGCAUCAAGCAGCGCUGCGACGCCGUGCACCUCUUCUCAGGGAGGACGUUCAUGAGCAGCCGCAGCGAAGCCGCUUACAUCGGGGGGAUCUGCUCCCUGACGAGGGGCGGCGGCAUCAACGAGUUUGGCAGCGUGGGUCCGAUGGCCAUCACUCUGUGUCAGAGUCUGGGGCAGAACAUCGGCAUGCUUAGGAACAAAGAGCGAACAGCUGCAGCAGGCUGCAGGUGUCCAGAUCCAUGGCUGGGCUGCAUCAUGGAGGACACCGGCUACUACCUGCCCAGGAAGUUUUCCCGCUGCAGUAUAGAGGAGUACCUGCGCUUCCUGCAGCAGGGAGGAGGAAGCUGCCUGUUUAAUAAACCCACUAAGUUGUUAGAUCCCUCAGAGUGUGGGAAUGGAUAUGUGGAGCUGGGAGAGGAAUGUGACUGUGGAUCACUGGUGGAGUGUAGUCAAAGUGGAGCCAAUUGCUGUAAGAAGUGCACUCUGACCCACAAUGCCAUGUGCAGCAACGGGUUGUGCUGCAGGGACUGCAAGUACGAGCUCAGAGGUGUGACCUGCCGCGAUGCCGUGAAUGACUGUGACAUUCCCGAAACCUGCUCAGGCGACUCCAGCCAGUGUCCUCACAACGUCCACAAACUGGACGGAUACACUUGCGAAGCUGGCCAGGGUCGGUGUUAUGGUGGCCGCUGUAAGACCAGAGAUGGCCAGUGCAGAACUCUGUGGGGUUACAACUCGGCUGACAGGUUUUGUUAUGAAAAGCUGAAUUCGGAGGGAACAGAGAAGGGGAACUGUGGGCCGAACCCUGGCGGGCAGGGAUGGGUCCAGUGCAACAAGCAAGACGUUCUCUGUGGGCUGCUGCUUUGCACCAACCUGACAGAAAGGCCCAGAUUUGGGGAACUGCAGGGAAGACUCACCAGUUUGACGAUCCAUCACCAGAACCGAUACAUGGACUGCAGAGGGGGUCACGCGGUGUUGGACGACGGUCUGGAUCUGGGCUACGUGGAUGAUGGGACGCCAUGUGGGCCAAACAUGAUGUGUCUGGAGCGCCGCUGCCUCCCUGUGCCGACCUUUAACCUCAGCUCCUGCCCCGGCUCCUCAACCUCACUCAUUUGCUCCCACCAUGGGACGUGCAGUAACGAGGUGAAGUGCAUCUGUGAUCCCGAUUACACCGGGAAGGACUGCAGCUUGUUCGACCCAAUCCCGACGCCGACCCCACUGGAGGGACCAGAGAAGUACAAAGGUCCCAGUGGCACCAAUAUCAUAAUCGGUUCGGUCGCUGGUGCGAUUCUGCUCGCUGCAAUAAUCCUGGGGGGAACAGGCUGGGGAUUUAAGAACAUCCGGAAAGGACGAUCUUCAGGAGUUUAAGUUGCACCUCUCUUUUAUUCCUGCCCACUCUGAGGAGACAGAACGGAGACUUCUUCCACUUAACGAGCCGUGGGGCUUUCCGUUUUUCCAUUUCCUGCUCCGACUUUGUUGAUCUUCACUCCAGCUGAGUUUAGUCUGCAUGGAGGAAUAAAUCUGAGAACUACGGCGCUCCUUCAGCGGGUCGCCACGAGUUUCUGGGAACCGAUUUCUACCUUACAGUCUUCAUCACUUCCUGUUUCGCUAUCCUGUCUAAUGUUGUCGUUUCGGCUGUUAUUGCGCAUUAACCCUUUACGUAUUUUAAUGCUCUCAGUUCCUGGAGAGCACAACCAUCUCCUCUCUGCAGUGUAAAAACCACAAACUGUUACUGAAUGUCGGUUGUUAGAUUAGAACGGUACAUUCCACAAUAAGAGCCAUAAUUUCUCCUUUUAUGCUGCCUUGACAGGAAAUCUGAGGAACAUGUUGACAACCAGAGGGACAGUUGGUUUGCACUGAAUAUAUUCUCCCUGCUGUAAAAUAAAUAAUACUUCUAUAUAAAAUAUGUCUACGUGUGUGCAGGCAUAUGGGAAAGUUUGGGAACACCUCCUCAUUUUGGCUUUCAAAGUUGCAACUUACUUAUAAAGGAAAGCUAAUAAUGGUGAUAUGUUGAUUGGAGUUUCAGAUAUUAUGCUUUCUUCAUAAGAUGGUGUCAGACAACCGCCAGGGGCCAUAUUGGCAGGAAAAAACUACAUAGACUGUACACAAAGUAGCUGACCAGUCUGUAGUUUUCCAGUUUUGCAACAUGAUGGAUUCAUGUUGUGAUUCACGAGCCACUGAGGGAAAGUUAAAGAGAGAAGCUUUUAUCGCAUCCCUAAAGUACGACGGCACAUUAGGGCCAAUAGGAAACAAAAAGGAGUUCAGUUUGACCAAAAAGCUCAAAAAAAAAUUUUCAAUUAGUGUCAGAAAUUUUCUAGAAAAAAAAAAAGUGGAAAUUUCAGAGUUUCAAAAGUUGAAAAUUUGUGAGGAAAAAAAAUAUAUGUUUGAGCUUAAUUUCAGAAAUUUUCUUGGAAAAAACAUUUCUGAGUUUCAAAAGUCGAACAUUUGCUUAACAAAGAUUGUGAAAUUAAUCAGAAAUAUUCUAGAAAAAAAACUUGGAAAUGAUUUUGGAAACGUUUGAAAAUGAGUUUCAAAAGUUUUGAUUUUUAAAACUCAAAAGUUGUUUUGUUCUGUGUACAACGUGGCAUUAUGUCUUGUAGGUGAAAUAAUCUGCCACUGGAAGAACUGGGUUGCUAGGUAACUGGCUGGGCUUGGCUGGGGUUGCUAGGUAACCCCAGUCUGGGGUUACCUGGGCUGUUUAUUCCACAAUCAACGUGUGCAUUGCGCGUUGAUUGUGGAAUAAUCUACAAGUGUAACUUGUGCUUUUCCAUCAAUAUUUAGGAAUUAUUUACUUAAAACAAUCUCCAUAUGUUGCUGAGACGUUACUUGUAAGAUAGUUUUGACUUAUUUCAAGUGUACUGAGAUUUUUGCGCUAUAAAAUAGACAAAAAAAAGAAAUUGGUAAGACGUUGGUUCUUUGCAGUGAAGCAACUGGUAUCAAGCUGUUACAAAAUACUAAAAAAGGUAUUUUUAAUGCCUUUUGUUCAACUAAAUCACCAUUUGUUUUCUUUAGAGAUCACCCCAGGUUGAAGAUGCUACUUGGAAAUUUAGCGUGAAUUAUUAUGGAGGCUGUGUCGGAUUCCCAAACGUUUUCAUGUGACUGUACUUAAGCAUACAGAUAUGGUGCUGUUGUAAAAGCUUUGGGACUCAAGUGACAGCAGUGAUUCACUGCCACCGUGAACAGAAGCACAUGUCUUUUAUUCGAGACUCUUCUUCCUGCCUACAGCUGAACAAUUAGCCAGAAAGGGUCCAAAACCUGUUCUGGGAGAGAUUUGGCCAUAAAACAACCAAAUCAGACUGGAAACGUCUUGUUGUGCUUUGCAAAAAUAUUGAUACUGUAACUAUACUAUUUAAAUGUGUAAACUUGGAAUUUUAUGUGAUUGAUAAGCAGCAGGCUUUUGGGUUAUAUCUUUACCAUCUUUUCCCAUUAAAAACUAAAUUUUUUGCCACUUGGCCCCUCAAAAAGUGGAUUUUUCCUCCCAUUUCAAAAAAUGCACCACUUUGUGUUAAUCUGUGACAUAAAAUUCCAAUAAAAUACAUUGACGUUUUAGCUUGUAAGCAAAGUAAAUUCAUGCAGUUGUGCUGUCAAACUGAGGAAAGCAUGAAAACAAUACAAGAUGCAAAGGGUUCAGAUUAGCAAUACAAUGUUUAAAGCAGAUCAUCUGGACUGUUAAUACAGGGUAAACAUCUGAUGUCACCUAACAUCGUUCAACAGGGCAUUGGCAUUGAUGUCAGUAAAAGAUAAUCCAAAUUGCACUGCCAGUACAUCGACAUUAGAGGAAUAUCUCAGCAUCUUUGAUUUUAAAGCCAUUUUAAUCAGAACUACAAGCUGGAAUGCUUGACAAGAUGUGAUUAAACAAACUGUCGCUACUCAAGAUAGGAUUUAGCAAAAAACUCGGACCGUGACUGUUUGUCCUGUUUUUGAUCACAUGUUGUAGUUGGAUGCAGAUUUUAGCACCAUUUACUUCUGACUUCCAAUGCAAACUGAUAUUAUAUUAAAACGUACCUGAAAAUG